AGUAAGGGGAGGGAUGGGAGAGUGGGGGGGAGAACAGGAGAGUAAGGGGAGUGGAGAGGGAGGGGAAGUAUCAUCCAUAUUCAGUUGUUGUUGAGUGUUCUCAUUUUAAUUUGCCAGAGCUUCAGAAAAAAUGUGAUGCAAUAAUUAUUGUUCCUAGAAUACCUGGGGGAAUAAGUGAUUCAUCAAGCCUACACACUUGUACACACACAGUCCCCAACCGUAAGCUACACGUGGUCAUGCACACAUACACACAAACUUAAUACAUAUACACACAUACACACAAACUUGGCCCAGAUCAGACACAAACUCACAUUUAGAAAUGCACAUACACGCUAACCUCCACACACUCAAAUACACACACACACAUGAGAGACAGUACAAGACAGAAUAACAAGAAUCAGCCGUACGGACAGAGACCAGUCUCAUUUAUCUUCUGUCUAUGCCGGGCGGCUGUGUGUCUGUUUGUGUGGGUGCUGUACAGUGCAUGCGUUACGUGGCGUUACGAGUCUCCUUGGAUGAGCACGUUGCUGAGACACAGCGCUGAGAGACAGAGGAUGCAGCUGGGAGCAUGAGUCCUGACGGAGAGGAGUAUGACAUGUUCUGUCAGAAAGCCGUGACCCUGAUUGUUGACCUCUGCCUCCAGAACAAGCAGCUAUUGGACCAGGACACCUGCCAGGACUUCCUGUUUCUGCUGUCCAACCAAAACUCGGACCACAAGGAACCAGACGUCACUUUUGGCCUCCUCCUCGGUGUGUUUGUGGUAUGUGGCUUGGUCCUGCUGACUCUUUGUGCCUUCGCCUCCUGGAAGCUGUGCUGGGUGCCUUAUUUGCGGAAUAAAGAGGCAGCGGCCCUCUCCUCCAACUCUGCAGCCAUCACUCCGGCCUGUGGUCCCCCAGACGACUGCCCUCCCUUCCACCUCCACCUUCACCCUCCUCACCCCCUCCACCACAACCAGCACAAGUUCCUCCCCAGCCCCAACCAGCAAAAGUCACCGGUUACCAUGGCAACGGAUAAGGUGAAAGACCCGAUGGGUUCCAUGGGAUUCCUAGAGGCUGCUGUGAAGAUAAGCCACACAUCGCCUGACAUCCCCGCCGAGGUGCAGCUCUCAAUGAGGGAGCACUUUUUGAGGCGCACGCAACGCAUGCAACGGCAAGCCACUGAGCCCGCUUCUUCCACCAGACACAGCUCAUUCAAAAGGCACCUGCCCAGGCAGAUGCAGUCUAUCAGCCUGGACCUGGGCAAUGACUAUGCGGAUGAGGAUGAGCAGCCCACCAGCAUCGGACGCAUCAAACCAGAACUCUACAGACAGAAGACCUUGGAUACAGACGAGUCCGCCAAGAACAGCAACGCCAAGAACUGCGGGAAGAUCAACUUCUCCCUGAAGUACGACUAUGACAAUGAGGCCCUCCUGGUCAACAUCCUCAAGGCCUUCGACCUGCCCGCCAAGGACCUGUGCGGCAGUUCCGACCCCUACGUCAAAAUCUAUCUUCUCCCAGAUCGCAAGAAGUUCCAGACGCGCGUCCACCGGAAGACGCUCAACCCCACGUUCGACGAGUCCUUCCAGUUCCCCGUGCCUUAUGAUGAGCUGGCUGUUAGGAAGCUCCACAUGAGUGUGUUUGACUUUGACAGGUUCUCCAGACAUGAUAUGAUCGGGGAGGUGGUGGUGGAUAACCUUGUUGAGACGUCAGACCUCUCCAGGGAGACAGACAUUUGGAGGGACAUUCAGUUCGCCACAACUGAGAGUGUAGACUUGGGAGAGAUCAUGUUCUCACUAUGCUACCUGCCAACCGCAGGACGACUCACUCUCACCGUCAUCAAGUGCAGGAACCUCAAGGCCAUGGAUAUCACUGGAUAUUCAGAUCCCUACGUCAAAGUGUCCCUCAUCUGUGACGGGAGGCGUUUGAAAAAGAAGAAGACGACCAUCAAGAAGAACACUCUGAACCCCACAUACAAUGAGGCCAUCAUCUUCGACAUCCCCCCAGACAGCAUGGACCACGUCAGCCUGCACAUCUCAGUCAUGGACUAUGACUUGGUAGGUCACAAUGAGAUCAUUGGUGUGAACCGUGUGGGGUGCAGUGCUGAGGGGCUUGGCAAGGGCCACUGGAACGAGAUGCUGGCGUACCCACGCAAGCCCAUUGCACACUGGCACCCCCUACUGGAGGCCAAGAAAUCAGAGAAAGAGUGGAAAACGCGGACGGCCAGUUUAGACAGCCAGGGCUCUUGCCCCUCCCCCAGGCCUCCUUCUAGCCCCUGAGCAGAACCACCUGUGACCCUAGUGAAAUGGUCUCCUCUCUCUCCUACUAAUCCUACAUCCUGUCUGGUCUGUCUGCCUGCGCCUGAGGAGAAACAUAACCCCACUCAGUCUCUUUCUCAGUCUUCACUCUCCCUCAAGUGUAGCAGCAAAGUGAUCCCGUUCCCAAGAACUGAUCCUGGAUCAGCAUCGCUGUCAGUUGUUUGUGACGUAACAAUGCUUUUUUUGAAUCAACAUGAAGUGUUGAACUUAGGUUUACUGAUCUGGAGUCAAUCCCAGUACUUGGGGUGCUUUGGAUUAGUUUUAUCCUGAGCUUCUCAUCAAGUGAGUCCCCAAAGGGAGAGCUUGUUGUCUGAGUGGAACAACAGACUGCCGGUUCCGAGUGUAUCUAUCUAUGGGUUGAGUCCAAAUGAAUGUGAUCACAGUUCUCUCACAGGGACUUGGUCCAACACACUGAAGUUUCUGCUCAACACAGAGAGAGAGAGAGAGAGAGAGAGAGAGAGAGAGAGAGAGAGAGAGAGGGGGAACAUGGAAACAUAGUGAGAGAGCCAGUCAGUGGUCAUUACAAGCUGUCACUUUAUAUUGGAUCAGUUGGUCAAAAUAUGUUGCUUUCCUUAAGAUAGGAAAUGAAAGACUGGAUUGACCUAAGGAAUAUCUAAAGCCGUCUGCCCUUACUAUCUAUCUACUAAUAUUGUGUGGAAGUAACAAAAACAAUAAGGCACAAACAAAUGUGUUGUUAUUUAAAAAACAAAACAUUAAUUGUCAUAUUAACCAAGCCAAAGAAGGCAAAAAAAAACACAUUUCACAAUAGUACCUAUGUUGAAUAUUUUCUCAAUGUCAACCAUUACAUGUUCAGGAGUAAUGAGCAGAACUUAAAGGGAUGAUUUUGACCUGUCAAAUAGUGUUCAUCAAAUUUAUAGAGAGUCAUAAAGAAAAAAAUAUGUGCAACACAUCAUAUAAGCACAUUGCAACACCAUUGAUGCAUAGCCUGCUGAGAGAGUCUUUCUAUGGAACAAAAAAUGGUUAAAAAGCACACAGACUCCGAACCACCCUUACCUCUCCCUCCUGUUUCUUUCCUUGUUAGUCUUGGUGCUCUUGCCUAUUCCAUCGGAGAGUGUAUUCUCAUUAGUCCUGCUCCCAUAGGUUUUCUCUCUCAGCCGAUGGUAUUGCACAUCUUCAGCACCUUCUUAUUGUAUUCUGUUCCCUGGGGUUGGUUUGAACUGUACAGCACAGUCCUCUUUCUGCAAUGUAUAGUUUGUAUUUCCCACCAGAAUACAAAGUAGAUAUACAUUGGCUUGCGAAAGUAUUCACCCCCCUUUGCAUUUUUCCUAUUUUGUUGCCUUUACAACCUGGAAUUAAAAUGGAUUUUUGGGCGGUUUGUGUCGUUUGAUUUACACAACAUGCCUACCACUUUGAAGAUGCAAAAUAUUUUUUAUUGUGAAACAAACAAGAAAUAAGACAAAAAAAACAUAAAACUUGAGUGUGCUUAACUAUUCACCCCUCCCAAAGUCAGUACUUUGUAGAGCCACCUUUUGCAGCAAUUACAGCUGCAAGUCUCUUGGGGUAUGUCUCUAAAAGCUUGGCACAUCUAGCCACUGGGAUUUUUGCCCAUUCUUCAAGGCAAAACUGCUCCAUCUCCUUCCAGUUGGAUGGGUUCCGCUUGUGUACAGCAAUCUUUAAGUCAUUAUCUUUGGUCUCUUUGUUGCCUCUCUGAUUAAUGCCUUCCUUGCCUGGUCUGUGAGUUUUGGUGGGCGGCCAUCUAUUGGCAGGUUUGUUGUGGUGCCAUAUUCUUGCCAUUUUUUAAUAAUGGAUUCAAUGGUGCUCCGUGGGAUUUUCAAAGUUUAUGAUAUUUUUUUAUUACCCAACCCUGAUCUGUAUUUCUCCACAACUUUGUCCCUGACCUGUUUGGAGAGCUCCUUGGUCUUCAUGGUGCCGCUUGCUUGGUGGUGUUGCAGACUCUGGGUCCUUUCAGAACAGGUGUAUAUAUACUGAGAUCAUGUGACAGAUCACUUAAAUUGCACAAAGGUGGACUUUAUUUAAGUAAUUAUGUGACUUCUGAAGGUAAUUGGUUGCACCAGAUCUUAUUUAGGGGCUUCAUAGCAAAGGGGAGUUCACACGCCACUUUUACAUUUUUUAUUUCUUAGAAUUUUUUGAAACAAGGAAUUUCACUUCACCAUUUUGGACUAUUUUGUGUAUAUCCAUUACAUGAAAUCCAAAUAAAAAUCCAUUUAAAUUACAGGUUGUAAUGCAACAAAAUAGGAAAAUUGCCAAGGGGAUGAAUACUUCUGCAAGUAAAUCUAGUAUUGUUGUGUUAUGGGAGUUUUCCUUAUCCUUAAGUGUUCAGAACUCUCCUCCAAAAGAGGAGAACAUCACCCUCGGGGGACCAAUAAUCAACUCUUAAUUUUAUAUUUAUUUUCUAUCAUGAGGCACCAUUGUAACUUGUGGUUUGUAAUGAUCUGACUUUGAAUCUGCCCAUCAUACAAGGACCAGUUUAUUGGAUAUCGUUGAGGAGCUUGAUCUGAAUCCAAACAAAUGAUUUGCAUUAUUGAACCCUUUUUGCAAUGCUUCGACAAAAUCAAAUUCGUCGGCCUUUACAUGCAGGCAGUCAUGUAUGUAGCUACUUCUAUUGUAUGCCAUACAUGUGUACUAUUGGAUCUAAUGGAUGGAUAUAUACAAAGGUUAAAGGAAUCCUGAUUUGAUUAAGACAGCUAUGUAAUAUUUAUAUUUCUUUCUACAUUGUGGUACUAUGAUGAGUGCAGUACAACCUAAUAUUUGAUGUCCUCUCAAUAGCCAAAUACAGUAUGUAUUAAACAGACAAAAGAAAUCAAACUGAUUGGUGUAUAGUUUUUUGGUGCCAAAUGUGCUUGUAGCAAAGGUAGACUAUAAUUUGCUCUGUGACAAAAAUAAGGAAAGUAAUUUCAGUCAUCAAAAUUAAUAUUUUCUUUCCAGUGAGACUGAUUAUUUUCUGUGCUAUGUAGUAAACAUAUUGUUUCAAUUAUUAGAACAAAUACAUCAUGGAUUACCAAUGUUUUUUUAAUAAUAAAUGUGCAACUGAAAGUAGCCUAUCAUUUGAGAGAGGUAUUUUAAUAAUAUCUUCAAUUUGAUUAGAAGGAUUCUUGUUUAUCCCAGUUGGGUUAUUUAAGACGUAACACAAAUCAGGAAUAUUUAUCAAUGUUGUUUUAUGUUGACCGUUUUAGUGUUUUGAUUUGACAUUGGCAAGCACAUGUUUGAAAGCAGGUCUGCCUAUAAUGUGGGUAUCAGGAAAUGGGUGUUGUUUGUAGUACAUGAGGAGCAUUUCUGAGUAGCAUUCUUCUCUACGUUUAUCCCUUGAGUGCUCUAAACUGAAGCUUCUUUCUCCAUGCAUUCUGUCUACAGAACUUUGGCACUGGUCGUAUGGUAGUAGUUGUUUGUGAAUCAAAGAGGUAAUUGUAACUCAAUGACAGUAAAAUGGUCAUGACAAGGUGGCUUCUGCCUGACUACAGCUGCAGAGCAGAAGCAUGUUUUAAGAUGGUAUAAAUUAAACAGAGAUGAUCUGGAAGAACCAUGGGAAAAGUGAACAAGGAAAAUGGUUAAAGUGAAUGAACUAAAUAGACACACAAUAGAACACUGUUUUAGCUAUUCCUCCUAGAGAGAGCAAGAGUUAACCUUGUUUACUUUGUCUCCACUGUCUAAGAGACAGACAGACAGACAGACAGACAGACAGACAGACAGACAGACAGACAGACAGACAGACAGACAGACAGACAGACAGACAGACAGACAGACAGACAGACAGACAGACAGACAGACAGACAGACAGACAGACAGACAGACAGACAGACAGACAGACAGACAGACAGACAGACAGACAGACAGACAGACAGACAGACAGACAGACAGACAGACAGACAGACAGACAGACAGACUAGCCAAUAGAUAGUCAAAGGCCGAUGUCUUGCCGUGAGUCAGUGACAUUUCUCUAAUUGGCAGUUGGUGAGACGCAAUUCAAUGAGUCACUUGUUGGAUUCCCUCACACCACUAUUGUUUCUUUCUGCACAAUGUGAUUCAUUGGGUUUCCUCACAUAGUAUGUAAAGUUACAGUACUGGCAGACUCCUGAUAUCUGAUUCACUACAGUUUGUUGGAUUGUUGGAUUCCCUCACACCACUAAAAUCAAACCAAAUACAACAGUGAAAUGCUUACUUACAAGACCUUAACCAACAAUGCAGUUUUAAGAAAAAUACCUUAAAAAAAAUGAAAUAAAGUAAGAGAUAAUUAAAGAGCAGCAGUAAAAUAACAAUAGUGAGGCUUUAGACAGGAGGCACCCGCACAUUGCAUUACUGUUUUUUUUCUUCUUCUUUUUCUGCUCAGUGUGAUUCUUCAGUUGUUCUCACAUACAGUAUAUAGGUAUACACUUGCUGGUUACAUUCCUGAUUAGAUUCAUGCCAUUUCUGUACCGAUAUCUGAUUCCCAAGUUUGUUUCUAUUUGACAAAAAUGGUUGAAAUAACUGACUGUAGAUUUUGUUCAUCCCCUGUUUCAGUAACGUGCGUUUAAUAAUGAUGAUGAUCUUAUGUUCUGAUAAUAUAGCCUAGAGUGUUUGUUUCCUUAGUAGGUAUCAUACUAAAUCUAUUUAGCCUCAGUUUAUGGACUGUUAAAGACCUUAUAGCUUUGGCUAUUAUUAUUAUCGUUAUGUUCCUCAAUAUGAUGUUGUAUCCCUUCCAUUCCUCAUGGAUAGCUCUGACUUUUUGUAUUGAAGAUUUGUACUUGUAAUAUAACUGUUUGACAACUGUUCUUGUAAUUGAAGCCAAAUGUUGUUAGUUCAGAUAAGGGUUUUGUUUUAUUUUUGGUUGCUUUUAAAUCCUGAAUCGUUAUGACUCAUAAUAUGAGGUCCAAUGUGUAAUAAACUGAUCAAAAAACUA